UUCCUUGCAAUCUACUGAUCCUUUUAAUAAAGCACAAAAAAAGCAGAUGGUAAUAUUAAUUUUGUCUACAUAUAAAUUGGUUGCCUCUCUUGCAAAUUCUUUUAUCCAUUAUUCUACCAAGCCCCUUAAUUUUGUGCCAUUUUUCCAACUGUUGCUAGCUACAGACCAUCCAUUGGCUUAAUUAAUUAUCAUCGUGAACAUGGAGACAGUUGAAUUGAAGGUAGAGAUGGUUGGAAUACAUGAGAAAAGAGUGAGGAAAUGUCUAUCUAAAUUAAAAGGAAUAGAUAAAGUAGAAGUGGAAGCUAAGAGUGAGAAAGUGGUUGUGAUGGGUUAUGCACACAAAAACAGAAUACUAAAAGCAAUAAGGAGAAGUGGUCUUAAAGCUGAUUUUUGGUCACCUCAAAAUGAACUCCUUCAAGCUUACGCUGCUAAUUUCACUUUCAACAAAUUCUCCUUCUUUAAUUGAUUCAAUAACAAAUUUCUCCAUUGAAUUUCAUGCAUCUACUCUUUGAUACAUAAUCUUGUACGUACCUACGUGGUUGCAUCAGUUUUUGAGUAAUACAUAUAUUUGAAUUUGCACAUUUAA